GUAUGGAUUUCCUUAAUGAUCCGAUAUCAUGAGGAAAGGGUUCAAUUAGUUUGAACUUGGUUUAAAAUGGCGAAAGACAUGCUCGCAUUAAAAUUUAUCGUUUUAAACAUAUUAAUAAUGGUAUGUGUGGGUGUGAAACAAGAGUGUUCACCAUUCAGGCCGGAUUACAGUUCUUAUCAAGAGUUCCAGUACUGCUCGACAGCUUAUUACCUGUCGCUGAGUUUGCGUUUUACGAACAUACCGGUCGGCGCAACUAGCUAUCGAUUGCUGACAGCGAGACACGAUUUGCUUCAUUCAGAACUGGUUGGUGAAGGAAACAUUAGUGCCAACGAGAAUUGCUUUGACGAAUCCGUCCAUAUAUUGCCGAAGAGAUAUAAUCUCAGCCUUGAAUUAUAUUUGAACUACAAAGGGGACGCUCUUUGCAAAGCAGUGAAAAUACUUGAUUUAUACAAUAAUGAAGCUGAUUGUUCGAAUACUGUAUAUUAUAACAUUGGUUUGAUAAGGUUUAACUUGGAAAACAGUUGCGAACUGCGGCAACAGACCACGGAAAAAUCAGGCCCUAGCGCCCCGCUUCCCACGGCAGUCAGGACUUCGACAACAAGGAGUGUGACGUCACAUCCUAUGACGAGUUGGUCGUCUACCGAUGCCACUGUCUCGACAACACGCAGGAAACCUGUUCUUACCUCACCGUCCACUCCAGCAAUUAACAGUACAGAUAAAGGAUUUGGAUCGCCUAUAUCUCCUGCAGCACCGUCUGCGACAACGGUCUCCACCGUGACGGUCUCGGCUACUUCUCCUACACCUGAAACUCUAUCUUUCAAAGCAAUUAACAGUACAGAUAAAGGAUUUGGAUCGCCAAUAUCUCCUGCAGCACCGUCUGCGACAACGGUCUCCACCGUGACGGUCUCGGCUACUUCUCCUACACCUGAAACUCUAUCUUUCAAAGCAAUUAACAGUACAGAUAAAGGAUUUGGAUCACCAAUAUCUCCUGCAGCACCGUCUGCGACAACGGUCUCCACCGUGACGGUCUCGGCUACUUCUCCUACACCUGAAACUCUAUCUUUCAAAGAUUUAUUCUUCACGCCUGAAGGAUAUUCGGUUGUAGCUGUAAUUUGUAUAAUAGUCCUGGCUCUCAUCAUACUAUUGAUCUAUUGGUACACGAAAAGGUCUUCGCGUCAAAAUUAUCAGAAAGUCGCCUACAAGAGCAGCAGAGCAGAUUUGCCGAGGGUCGUGUACGCAGAGUUGGACAUUCCCGAGCGCAGUGACGACGUCCAAUAUUGCAAUUUCACACCGGAAUACAAAAGAGUAUGUUAUUCUAGAAUAAUUGGUGUUUAUAUGAAUAAAGAAUAAUUAAUUAAG